GGAGUGUGCCGGCCGGCCGGGUGUGCAGACUCAUCCCGGUGGGCUGGUGCGCUCCCUUCCUCCUUCUCCGCAACAUUCCCACUUUUGGAGGGCUGACCAUAGAGCGUCCGAAACCACGUCCUCCCCCCCAUUCCCCCUCCCCCCUGUUUCCACUUUUUUUUCUUGCCCCACCAUCACCCUACCAGGCUCUCUUUCAGGGCCAGGUGUCAGGCGCGCAUCGGCCGGGAGAUGCCUCUGCUCUGGCGCUGCACACUGACAGCGGGCUCGGAGCUGCCGCAGAGCGCCUCGGCUCUUUCCGGGCGCAGCAUCCCGGACUGCUUCUAACACAUUGAAUCCACCUAAAAGGACAUAUAUCUCGGAAAUCUUUUUUUUUUUUUCCUUUCUCACAUUUUUUUUCCAGAGAGAAAGCAAAGCAAGCUGUGUUCGAUGCGCAGCCAUGCUUCUCAUCUCGUCUCGCAGCGCGCUGCUGUCCGUCUACUACCCGCAGAUCUUCCUCAUCCUCACCAGCGGUAGCUACCUGGCGUUGUCCUCCGUGGUGGCCCUGGGUGCCAACAUCAUCUGCAAUAAGAUACCGGGACUGGCACCCCGGCAGAGGGCCCUUUGCCAGAGUCGACCGGACGCCAUCAUCGUCAUCGGCGAGGGCGCCCAGCUGGGCAUCAACGAGUGCCAGUACCAGUUCCGCUACGGCCGCUGGAACUGCUCGGCCCUUGGGGAGAGGACAGUCUUCGGACAAGAGCUGAGAGUAGGCAGCAGGGAGGCGGCAUUCACCUACGCCAUCACCGCCGCCGGGGUCGCCCACGCGGUGACGGCCGCCUGUAGCCAAGGCAACCUAAGCCAGUGUGGCUGCGACCGUGAGAAGCAGGGCUACCACGACCGGGAGGAGGGCUGGAAGUGGGGGGGCUGUUCGGCGGACGUCAAGUACGGCGUGGAGUUCUCGCGACGCUUCGUGGACGCCCGCGAGAUCAAGAAAAACGCCCGCCGGCUGAUGAACCUCCACAACAACGAAGCGGGUCGAAAGAUCCUGGAGGAGAGGACCAAGCUGGAGUGCAAGUGUCACGGCGUGUCGGGUUCCUGCACCACCAAGACCUGCUGGAUCACCCUGCCCGGCUUCAGAGAGAUCGGCUACCUGCUGAAGGAGCGCUACGGCCACGCGGUCCAAGUGGAGCCCGUCCGGGCCUCGCGCCUCCGCCAGCCCUCCUUCCUGCGCCUCAAACAGGCCCGGGGCUACCAGAAGCCCACGGACACGGACCUGGUGUACCUGGAGCGCUCGCCCAACUACUGCGAGGAGGACGCGGUCACGGGGAGCGCGGGCACCCGGGGGAGGCUGUGCAACGGCACGUCUACGCACGCGGACGGCUGCGGCGUGAUGUGCUGCGGCCGGGGCUACGACACGCACCGCUACACGCGGGUCUGGCAGUGCAACUGCAAGUUCCACUGGUGCUGUUUCGUCAAGUGCAACACCUGCAGCGAGAGAUCGGAGGUGUUCACUUGCAAGUAGGCAUAGGGAAAAAAGGGGGGCUCAGGACGGAUGGAUGAGAGCCCCCUCGGCUCCGAUACGAACCAAAACAUAUUUAUUACAUUUUGCACAUAUUGGCAUCCUGUUAAGUUUACCUUGUAGGGAAAAGGAAACUCCCAGUGAUCUUUGGAAAUAACUGGGAGCAACAGAGACAGACGGCUGUGCAACUUCGCCAAAGUUUUCCUACCAUUUGAACCCCACCCUCACCCCCCCGACGGCCACAAACGUCAUCGUAUUUCUUUGGGAUUUUGGGUAUUAAACCAACACAAAGUA